AUGUCCGGAAAAGUGCCAUCGUCGAAGAGCCAGGCGGCCAAGAAAACCGCCGGCAAAUCCCUCGGCAUCAGGUACCGCCGCAAGAAGCGUAUUGAAAGUUUCUCUCUUUACAUCUACAAGGUGCUUAAGCAAGUGCACCCCGAGACUGGUGUGUCCAAGAAGUCUAUGUCUAUCAUGAACUCCUUCAUCAACGACAUUUUCGACCGCAUGGCUCUUGAGGCUACUAGGCUCAUCAGAUACAACAAGAAGAGCACCCUCAGCUCCCGCGAAAUUCAGACCGCUGUACGUCUCUUGUUGCCCGGUGAGUUGUCCAAGCACGCCGUGUCUGAGGGAACCAAGGCCGUCACCAAGUACACCACCUCUGGAGCCUAA